AUGAGCAAAGACUCCUCAGCUUCAUACAUCCACAUGCAUCAACCACGACUAGCAGACCUCUUCGAAGAAUUCACCCGCCCACACACCUCAACAACAACAGACCCCCACAACCCAAGCGACCGCGACAACCAAUACGGUGCCGCAUCCCCAACAACAAUCCCCUCCUUCCUCCCCGUCGAAGACAUCUACGUCGCACCCCAAUAUCAGCCCCCAAAUCCAGAAGACGAAGACGACGUCGUCCCAGACCAGCAUGCCGCAUUCGGUAUCACGCGCGCCAUGGAUCGUCGCCGCGAGGCCGUCUGGCGAGAUCUUGGUCUUGAGGCCCUGGUGAAUGGCGAAGGUCAUGGGGCGGGAGGUCCUUUGAUGGGGCCCGGUGGAACGGGGGCGCCUGGUGCGGCUGGAUCGGGGCCCGGGGCUACGUUGCGUGGGAGUGGGGGUGGUGCGGCGGCGGCGGGGAUGCCGGUUGUGAGGGUUCGGGAGGCGGGAAGGAAGAUGGGUGGGAGGAGAGUUGUUGGGUUGAGGUGA